AUGAACGCUGUUUUCUUCCAAAAUACUCAGGUGAAGGAGAAAGAAAUAUUCCAGCCCAGAAAGGACUUGUUAGAAACUAUCCUGGAGACACCUCAACAUAGUAAGGAGGAGCAAAGGUAUGUCCUGAUGUAUGCCUUCUGGCUUAUUGAGAGGUUGAUGAGUGACCCUGCGCAUUUGGAAUCAAUCAUGGACCUUGCAAUAAUCUUUAAUUCCUUCCUUGACGUUGCUUUUCAACCGUAUAUAAUCAGUAACACCUACGGGCAGGAGCAGAUGAUUGAGAAUAAGGCUGUACAGUAUUUUGGUCAAGAAGACUCGUUGAAAAUUAUAUCUAUUACUCCAGAUCAACUUGCAAGUAAUAAGUUAUUCCGAUCAGCUCAGAUUUUGGAAAACAAUAAUCUCACUCCAAGGGGAAGAAAGAAAGAACAAAAUAUAAGAGUGGUCAAAAACCUUAUACAAAAAGAAAAUCUUCUCAAGCUAAACAGCUUGCUUAACUAUUGGGACGUGAUCUCUAUAGUUUUUGGAGAACUUGAUACUUGAAGAUUUACUUCCUUCAGCUAUGCUGGAGCAAAAGACUGGAAUGAAAAGGCUAUUGGAUGGCUUCUCCUUCUAAUAACCCAAACUAGCAAUAUUCUUAGCGUAUUUGAGACCUUGUACUCACUUGAUUUCAUUGAAGAAACUCUAUAUAAUUCUAAUAAUAGCUAUAUUAGCUGCUGAAAGCAGCCAAUCUUGGAGAUCGCCAGAAUUGUAAACUCGAUUGAUUUAGAAAUAAGCAUCAGAAUAGUCAAAGAUUUCAAUAAGUAUAAAAUAGACAGUGCUUCACAGAAGGAAAGCUUUAAUCAAAACAUACUUCAGCAAGAAGCCAUAUUGUCUUCUCUUGGGAGGGAUCAAGAAAGCCCAGAUAGCCCAGAAUCUUGCAGUACUCAGGAGCAUCAUGAUUCUCAUUCAGCAGGAUCAAAUUCUAAUAAUAUCGAGGAAGAAAAAAAUGGUAGUAAUGAACAUGAAUCUAAAGAAGUUACCUCUGAGCAGGAAAAUCAUUUUAAACAAAAUGAGUCAUCCCCUGAAAUCAACCUUAGAAAAUCCCAUUAUCAAUCUGAGUCACCACUAGAAGAAAACAAACAAGACGAUAACUGAAGUCUUAAUUCUAUUAACAGGACAAGAAUUACCAUAGAGUUAUCAAGUGAGGACGAAGUGAAUAUUCAAAGCCUUGAUCAGAGCUCUCAGAUUAAUCACGAAGAAUCCCCUUCUCAGAGCUUUAAUUUUAUGCCUCAAUGACAUGCUGAUGAUGAUGAAAUUGAUAGGUUAAAACUAAAGAACUAUGAUUCAACUCAAGAAAACUCUCUAGUAAAGCACUUGAAACAAAGGCAAAGGAGACACAAAAAUGGCAAUCCAAAAGGUUCUCCAACCCAAUACCCAACGAGGGUUGCUGCUCAGGAAGACUUCAAACUUCUCACUCAUACUCUAUCUCCAAUGAAGAAGACAAGAAUUCUAAAAUCUCAGAGCAAGUCAAGAAGAAGCUCUAGACAGAACUCUCGUUCGAACUCUCGAAUAGCUACACCUAUUGCGAGUAAGAGGCCAAGAAGGUUAACUAAGACUGAAAAGUUUUAUAAAAAUGCGAUGCUCGAUGAAAUCAGGACGUACAUAUUUUCUCUCUAUCGCUACAAAAGUUUCCAGAAAUCUCACCAAAAGAGGAUCAAAGAGAAAGCCGGAGUGAAGUCGUUCAAGAAGAUCCUCAAAAAUGACCAAUGAGCAGAAUGCCUGAAGAAACUUGAAGUUAAGAAGGAUUUCCUAGCAAACGUCAAUCCAUACACUUGGUUCACAAAGAAAGAUCAUUCUACCUGUCAUUUGUGACAUAAUUUGAUCUGAAAAGACUGUCUCAGUGAGAGAAGAGCUGUCGUUCCUGUUUAUUUAUACUUGCAGGGGGAUAUAAAGCCUAAAGAAGUCUGAAAAAGAGGUUAUAAGUUUUUAGAGCAAUUCAAAUACAUCAAAAUUACCUCUAAAGAUGCUAAGUUUAUGAAAAAUAGACAGCUUAAAAACUUUAUGGCUGCCAGAGAUCAAUUAAAUAGAUUGUUUGAUCUUCUCAGUGAAUAUUGAUUUGAAGAAUUCCUCUCAGAAGUAGAUGAGUAUAAAAAUUUGAUCUUAAAGAACUGCUAUCUCACAAAUUACCAGGUGAGGCUUCUCAGUAGUGGAAAACUAACACCAGUAAUAAAAUCAACAAUCCUUAAAAUCCAAUCUCACAUCCCAGAAUGCAAAAAUUGCUUCCAAAGACCCAAAAAAUGCCCAUUUUGAGAAGACGAGACAAAGCUCAUCAAGACUUAUGAUUUAAAAAAUUCCAAGCUCUGCUUCAGUUGUCAAAAUGUCUUCCAUCCGGACUGAAUCAAACAGCACGAAGCAAUGUGCAACAUUAAUAUCUCUCAGUAUUAAAUUCAAUUAUUA